AUGACGACAGGCGGCAUAGCUAACGAUGUCUCGCACCCCGCGAGCAACCAGGCCGAUAAAGCUCUUUCGGGCGCCUCCGGCGGCUUCAGCUGGUUUGGAGGACGCACAGAAAAGUAUGAGAGUGCUGCCGAUCUUUAUACCCAAGCCGCGAAUGCGUUUCGAGUACAGAAAAUGAAUAAGGAAGCUGGUCUGGCCUUUGAGAAAGCAGCGACAAUCCAGACGCAAAACCUAAACGAGCCCGACGAUGCGGCCAAUACGCUCCAGGAAGCAUUCAAGGUCUACCGCAAGUCCGACCCGGAAGAUGCUGCCCGUGUUCUCUCCAGUGCGAUCCAGCACUAUGUUCUGCGCGGAAACUUGCGCCGCGCGGCGACUCAGCAGCAGUAUCUAGCCGAGGUUUAUGAGGUUGAGCUGGGCGAUAUGAAGAAGGCGCUGGAAGCAUAUGAGAAGGCCGCCGAGUGGUUCGAGGGCGAUAAUGCCGAGGCGUAUGGAUCCAUCGCUUCUCGGCUGGACUCGUUUAGUCUUGCAAACAAACACUUCCUGAAGGUCGCAGACCUGUCUGCGAUGAAUGAGGACUAUUACAAGGCCAUCAACAAUUACGAGCACAUCGCUCGCCAGUCCACAAACAACCAGUUGAUGAAGUGGUCCGUGAAAGACUACUUCUUGAAGGCCGGUAUCUGCCACCUUGCGACCAAGGACCUGGUCGAAUCGAACCGCGCCCUCGAAUCAUACCGUGAAAUUGACCCUACCUUCGCCUCAACCCGUGAGCACCAGCUGCUCGUGGACCUGCUCCAGGCCGUGGAGGCUGGUGACCAGGAACAAUUCGCUGACAAGCUGUUCCAGUUUGAUCAGCUCAGCAAGCUGGACAAGUGGAAGACUACAAUCUUGCUGCGGAUUAAGAACAACAUCGAGGAGGCCGAGGAGGACUUCUCUUAG